AUGGGGAAGGAUGGGUGGAGUAAUAGAAAGGGUAACCAGAAUAAGAAGGGAGUCAGACCAGAAAAGGAGGCAAGAUUUGUGGAACAGAGAAAUAUGGGAGCUGUACUCCAUGUACUCCUGUUGGAACUGCUGCUGUUGUUGCUGCUUCCAGGAUAUGGUCCCACUGAAACCCUAACCAAGGACAGUUCAUGGCCCUGGCAAGCAAGCAUUUUCCUGGAUUCUAGAUACCGCUGUGAAGGAGCUCUCAUCUCUUCAGAGUGGGUGAUCACUGCAGCCAAUUGCUUUGGAAGCUUUCCACCUUCCCAUUUCACCGUGAGUCUGGGUCAACGCCGGCUGAAUCUGCAGACUGCAGACGUUUUAUCUCUUGUUGAGAAUCUGAUCCUGAUCCCCAGGAGCCUUGUGGAUAGUGAGCCUGGAAGCCUGGUUCUGGUGAAGUUGGUGCAGCCUCCUUCCCUCAACAGCUCUAUCUACCCCAUACCUCUGGUCCAGGGCUCCAGUUUUUCCCCUUGGAUGAAGACCUGCUGGGCUCAGGGCUUUAAAUCAGAUUUUGAUCCCUAUAUCCCACCUGAUAAGCUGUGGCGUGUUAAACUGCCUCUCAUGUCUCGAACCAACUGUCAAGCCAUAUUCCAGCUCCAAUCUGACUGUCCCAGUCCAGAGAUAACCAUGCCAAAUGGGACUCUGUGCACUGGCCCUCCUGUCACUUCCCCAGAGAUCACGGUGGCAGAUGGCAGCCCUCUCCUUUGCUUCUACGCUGGUCAAUGGGUACUGCUAGGAGUGAUGACCUGGAGACCUUGCUCUUCUAAUGGCCUUCCUGAAGUUUAUGUCCCAAUUUAUCCCAUCAACACUUGGAUCCAGACCAAUUUUCUUAAUGUCAGUGUUAUCAAGGGUCCCUCGAAAGCCCCCCUUCCAAGUAUUCUCUCUACCCCAAUUCCUUAAUUCCUUUUGUGUCUAUACUGCACAAUCAAGGUUGCAAGUAUUUCUUCUUUCCCUUCACUUUCCCCUGCCUCAGAAUAUAAAAGAAAACCUUUGCAUCGCUGCAUCUGUAUUUAUUCAAGCAAAUAAAAACAAGUUUUUCUAAGUUCAUUGGUGCAUUAUUUGAAAAGUCCUAUGAGGAAAGGAGUGAUAUAUAGAUAUCUAGCAGAGUUGAAAACUGAUCGCAUUGACAUCAAAACAGGAAGUAUCAGGGGGUUAAAUUUUCCUAAGCUCAAAAUAAAUCUCAGACUAAUAAAACUAUAGAAACAUAUAAUUCAGAUGAAUGUAACUUAGAACCAUAGAAACCUUUGGUUUAAAAAAAAAAAUUUAAACCCUUGUGUAUUGGUUCCAAGGCAGAAGAAUUGGUAAGGGCUAGACAAUGGGGGUUAAGUGACUUGCCAAGAGUCACACAGGCUAAAUUUGAACCUAGGACCUCCC